GGUUGAAGACCGCGCCGUGGGUGCGGGUGCUGAGGUACACCGAGUCCGCGGGAUGGAUGGAACCAUAGAGUCCUCAAAGUUCCCACGGAAUCAUACGUUGGAGCGUCUUAGAAUCCUGCGAUGCAAUACGAGACAGCAGAAGUGAGGGAUCUGCCACCGCCUUAAGCCGCGGUUCUCGUACUGUUCUGCAGAAAGGCUGCGAGACGGGAGACGGGCGAGAGUCAUAAUCACAAUCAACUCGGUAGAACCCCAGCGCACACCGAGCACGUUUCACAGACGUGGGUUCCACACCGAUAGGUCCCUACUACCGGAAACGGAAAGCCGUGAGCAGGCUGGCGAUUGGACGUGGGGCCGGAAGCGGAAGCUGAAAAUUGCGUUUGGUGGCUCCCGAUAUGGCUGAGGUGGGGGGUGUUACGACCGAAUCCGUUGCGGGAGACCGGGCGCGGGCGGCGCGCACCAUGCUAGAUCAGGUGGUACUCCCGGGUGAGGAACUGCUGUUGCCCGAGCAGGAGGACGCUGAAGGCCCAGGAGGUGCUGGGGAGCGACCGCUGCGCCUGAAUGCGGGGACGCGCUCCCGGGGACGCGUUGUGUGCGGCCCGGGCUUGCGGCGCAGUGGCGACCGCCUGCUGGUCACCAAGUGCGGCCGCCUCCGUCACAAGGAGCCCGGCGGCGGCAGCAGUGGCGGUGGCGUUUACUGGGUGGACUCACAGCAGAAACGGUAUGUCCCAGUGAAAGGAGACCAUGUGAUUGGCAUAGUGACAGCUAAAUCUGGAGAUAUAUUCAAAGUGGAUGUUGGAGGGAGUGAACCAGCAUCUUUGUCUUACUUGGCAUUUGAAGGUGCAACUAAAAGAAACAGACCCAAUGUGCAGGUUGGAGAUCUCAUCUAUGGCCAAUUUGUGGUUGCUAAUAAAGAUAUGGAACCGGAGAUGGUCUGUAUUGACAGCUGUGGACGAGCCAGUGGAAUGGGUGUGAUUGGACAGGAUGGUCUGCUUUUUAAAGUGACUUUGGGCUUAAUUAGAAAGCUCCUGGCUCCAGACUGUGAAAUCCUACAGGAAGUGGGAAAACUCUACCCACUGGAAAUAGUAUUUGGGAUGAAUGGAAGAAUAUGGGUUAAGGCAAAAACCAUUCAGCAGACCUUAAUUUUGGCAAACAUUUUAGAAGCUUGUGAACACAUGACAGCAGAUCAAAGAAAACAGAUCUUCUCCAGAUUGGCAGAAAGUUAGAUGGAAUUUUUAUGGGUCAGUUGACCCAAGAGACUAUGGGUUUCCUGGGGAAAAUUUUUUCAGGGGAACCUCUCCUCAUUAAAUGUUCAGAAGACAAAAUGUGAAUGUACAUAUUGUCUUAUCAAAGUCCUUAUUUUUAUAAAAAUGUUACUAGUUGCCACCCAUGUUCUUGUGGGUGAGAAAAAUCAUUAUAUAAUAAUGAUGUAUUUUUUUCUUUACAAUAAAGUUUACUAAAAAUAU